AUGGAUGACUUGGAGAGGUUGAAAAAGCUGCGCACUGCUUGUCGGGGAACUGUGACACGCACUACUUCGGACCUCACAGCUCUUUUGGCUACGGCUCCUUUGCCCCACGAUCAGCUCACAUCAAAGCUGACAUUCCUAGAGUCUAAAGCAGCGACCUUGGUACAGCUGGAUGGCCGAAUACAGGGUAUCAUCGACGAAAACCUUUUAGAAGACGAAUGCACAGCCUGCGAUCGAUAUCUUGAAUCUAUCACGACUAUCACAGUACAGGUCCGCAGGGCAUUGUCGACAACUGCAGGUCCAGUUUCAAACAACCACCGCGACGGUCAUCACGCUUCACCGCAACAUGGGCACGGUGCUAGUGAUGGAGUCAGUUUGCCCAAGCUUCAUAUCGACACUUUCAAUGGUGAGCUUUCAAAAUGGCAAGGGUUUUGGGACCAGUUCAGAGCAAGCAUACACGACAACUCACGGCUUUCCCAAGUCAACAAGCUUAAAUACCUCGUGUCGCUUGUUUCUGGAUCUGCUGCUACGGCCAUCGAAGGUUUAACCAUCACUGAUCAAAAUUAUGUCACUGCUGUUGACAUCCUAAAGGCACGCUUCGGCAAGGACGAGCUUCUUAUCAACGAUCAUCUGGACUCAUUAUUCGAUCUUAAGCCCGUUACGGACUUUCAGGAUGUCCGAGGGUUACGAGACUUACAUGGGACUGUAACUGCUCGGGUUCGAAAUCUUCAAGCUUUAGGCAUUCCGAUGAGUCAAUAUGACGUCGCUGUUCGUCGAGCGAUUGUGCGCAAGAUUCCUCAUGAGCUUGAGCUCGAGUACUAUCGUAUGCACGGAAGAGACGCGACCCUCGCUCCUGAAAGCUUGUCAGAUCUUAUGGAUUUUUUGAACAAAGAAAUCGAAUGCCGUGAACGCCUUCGCAGAGACGCAGAAGUAGACAACGUUGGAUCGCGACCCAAAACCGAAGGAGGAAGUGGUGUCAAACGAAAAUCAUCGCUCUCGUUUUCCGCGUCAUCUUUAGCGGCAACUGUUACGCAACAGAGCUGUGUCCUGUGCAAGUCAAAAGAUCAUGCGCUUGAAAGUUGUACGGCCAUACUCACUCCUGAGGAAAAAAGAAUCAUUCUUCGUCGAGAAGGCAGAUGCUUUCUUUGUGGAAAGAGGUCCCACCUGCCCAAGGAUUGCCGGGUCUGUUGGAGGCUUCGUUGUGGAAAGUGUAACAGACGACACCUUACGCAGUUUUGUCCAGGUCCUUCAGUGCCUGCUCAGAAUCAAACUUCGGUUACAACGGUUGUUGAGGAUGUAGUUACCUCAUUUUCUUCAUCAGAAGUUUCGAAGACUCCAAAGUGCUCAGAAGUCCUUCUGCAAACCGCUAAAGUUUGGCUUGUGGGCCCACGUGGACGAAAACAGCUCAUCAGGGUCUUGUUUGACGGGGGAAGUCAAAGAAGUUUCAUUCGCGCCGACAUAUCAAAGCGCAUGGAAUGUAAAGACGUACGGUCAGAAGAUCUACGAAUUCACACCCUUGGGAAUGUCACAUCCGCUCGAACACAACACCGUUGUGUACAACUUUUAUUGCGAAGCCAGGACGCUCCUCACACACUUGUGAUGGAUGCAAUCGAGUACGACCAGAUUUGCACUGACAGCCUCCCGUCUUUACCCUUCGACAUGUCGAAACAACUGAAAGAUAUGGGCCUUCAGCUAGCUGAUGAACCGUUUUCGGCGCCUGUCGAGAUUUCUCUCCUGAUUGGUUCAGAUUAUUACUGGCAAGUCGUCACUGGACGAACUGUUCGACUUUCGAAACAUCUGGUGCAGCUGAAACCCUUUUCGGGUGGACCAUCCAAGGAGUCUGUUCGUCCGAUGGCAGGAAGGGACGACAUGAUAUUCAAGUAA